AAGGGAAGAUGGCGGCGCGGACGGCGCUGGGCGCGGCGUGCCGGCGCCUCUGGCAGGGCUCCAGAGAUUUUUCCCUGCAUAGUCCUAGAAGCAGGACGGCCCUGAGUGGCAGCUUUCCCCUCGCCGGCGUGGGGCGGGUGCAGUGGUCACGCCUACACAUUGAUGCUCCCAAGGACCCGACGAAGCCCGUGAUAACGGUCUCUGACGAACCAGACACAUUGUACAAACGUCUGUCAGUCUUAGUGAAAGGCCAUGAUAAGGCUGUGUUAGACAGUUACGAGUAUUUUGCAGUGCUUGCAGCAAAAGAGCUCGGGCUCUCUAUUAAAGUGCAUGAACCGCCAAGGAAAAUAGAGAGACUCACGCUUCUCAAAUCAGUGCAUAUUUUCAAGAAGCACAGGGUUCAGUAUGAGAUGAGAACUCUUUACAGAUGUUUAGAGUUAGAACGCCUAACUGGAAGCACAGCCGACGUCUACCUGGAAUACAUCCAGCGAAAUCUCCCUGAAGGCAUUGCAAUGGAAGUAACAAAGACCAAGCUAGAACGGUUACCAGAACACAUUAAGGAGCCAAUCUGGGAGACGAUGCCCAAGGAAAAAGAAGAAAACAAGUCCUAAAGUGUCGGAGCACGACGCAUGGCAUGCUGGCCCAGGCGGUUCUGAGGUUUCCUGAUCCAGGGAAACAGGAAAUGGGACUUUCAGGAUUCCCGGGCUGUUGAGAAACACUACCCGUUCUUUCAUAGCCAUUGUCAAUCUUGUUUCCAACGUUAGCCAAUGUGAGCAAACCGUUUGACUUUGUACCAAAAGAUUAAAAAAUUAUAUCUUGUCAUUC